GAGGAUUGCAGUCUGUGCUGCUCUCAGACCUGCCCUGCCUGCGCUACCUAGCCCUGUCUCACUGCAUCCCACAACAGCCGCGCUGGUCUUCCUGUGCCUGGCGGAUUUUGAAAAGCAGCUCUUCGGUUUGGGAUGGUGUAGGAGACCUUGCUUUCCACUCUCCGGAGAAAGCUGAAGCUCUUAGGGAAGAAUCUGGCAGCUGGACAUAGCUCGGACUGCAUUGUCUGGCUUCAUGACCCCCGCUGUGUAGCCAGCUCAUCUCCUUGCUCUCAGGAGCACAUGCACAUCUUAACGUUUUCUUACUUCCCUUUUUCUUUUCUUUCCUUUCUUCUAAUUUUUUUUAAAGCAGCUUCUGGAGCCAGCCAUGUUUGGUACUGAAUCCUCAUUGAGCAUGUUUUUGAACACAUUAACACCGAAGUUCUACGUGGCCCUGACAGGCACCUCCUCACUAAUAUCUGGACUUAUUUUGAUAUUUGAAUGGUGGUAUUUUCGCAAGUAUGGAACAUCGUUCAUUGAACAAGUCUCAGUAAGCCACUUGCGCCCCCUUCUGGGAGGGGUCGACAACAACUCUUCCAAUAAUUCUAAUUCCAGUAAUGGGGACUCAGAUUCCAACAGGCAGAGUGUCUCAGAGUGCAAAGUGUGGCGAAAUCCACUAAAUUUGUUUAGGGGUGCUGAAUACAAUCGGUACACGUGGGUCACUGGCCGAGAACCCCUGACGUACUAUGACAUGAACCUCUCUGCCCAGGAUCACCAGACAUUCUUUACUUGUGAUUCGGACCAUCUUCGUCCCGCAGAUGCAAUAAUGCAAAAAGCUUGGAGAGAGAGGAACCCUCAAGCCAGGAUUUCUGCAGCUCACGAAGCCUUGGAGAUAAAUGAAAUUAGGUCCAGAGUUGAAGUUCCCCUAAUUGCUUCCUCUACCAUCUGGGAGAUAAAAUUGUUACCGAAGUGUGCAACUGCGUAUAUUCUCUUGGCCGAAGAAGAAGCCACAACUAUUGCGGAAGCAGAAAAACUCUUUAAGCAGGCGCUGAAGGCUGGAGAUGGUUGCUAUCGACGUUCUCAGCAGCUACAGCACCAUGGCUCCCAGUAUGAAGCUCAGCACAGACGAGACACCAAUGUCUUGGUCUAUAUCAAGAGAAGGCUGGCAAUGUGUGCUCGGAGACUUGGGCGGACCAGAGAAGCCGUGAAAAUGAUGAGAGAUUUAAUGAAGGAAUUUCCCCUCCUAAGCAUGUUCAAUAUCCAUGAAAACCUUCUAGAAGCCCUUCUGGAGCUCCAAGCUUAUGCCGAUGUCCAGGCAGUCUUAGCAAAGUAUGACGAUAUAAGCUUACCAAAGUCAGCAACGAUAUGCUACACAGCUGCCCUGCUCAAAGCCAGAGCCGUGUCCGACAAAUUCUCUCCCGAGGCUGCAUCUCGGCGGGGCCUGAGCACAGCAGAGAUGAAUGCAGUAGAGGCCAUUCACAGAGCUGUGGAAUUUAAUCCGCACGUGCCAAAAUAUCUACUAGAAAUGAAAAGCUUAAUCCUCCCACCAGAGCACAUCCUGAAGAGAGGAGACAGUGAAGCAAUCGCGUACGCAUUCUUUCAUCUCGCACACUGGAAGAGGGUGGAGGGGGCUUUGAACCUCUUGCACUGUACGUGGGAAGGCACUUUCCGGAUGAUCCCGUACCCCUUGGAGAAGGGACACCUCUUUUAUCCAUACCCAAUCUGCACAGAAACAGCAGACCGGGAGCUGCUACCCUCUUUCCAUGAAGUCUCAGUUUACCCCAAGAAGGAGCUCCCCUUCUUCAUCCUCUUCACGGCUGGACUGUGCUCCUUCACAGCCAUGUUGGCCCUCCUGACACAUCAGUUCCCGGAACUCAUGGGCGUCUUCGCAAAAGCUAUGCUCCCUGGGGAUUCAGGUGUGCAGUCCUGGCUGAGAACCACAGCACUGAACGGAAUGGAAACGGGUCUCCUGAGAGCAAGCUGGCAGAAAGAUGAGGAGAGCAGAUAGCAAAUAGAUUCUCUAGAAAGUUCCUCAGCACUUUGUUUGCCCCCUUGAACUUUGUGAUGGAGAAAGUGGAAAGCAUCCUCCCCUCCAGUUUGUGGCAUCAGCUGACUCGGAUCUGAGGGCGCCUCCAGCCUCCACUCUCCUCGCCAUCCACCGGAUCUUUGUGCCAACUUCUCACGGACUGCAGGAAAGCAUGUCUCUGAAAAAGGGAAACCACUCUGAGAUCUGAAACUGUUCAUGGACUAUCAGUUCCCUAUUAAAGGCUCCUUUUGUUGUACAAAAUUUAUUGAUGUUCAGUUCUAUUUUAUUUUGCCUCCAAAACUGAAGAAAAAGUAAAAAAAAUAAUAAUAAUAAACUUUUGUGUAUUGCAA